CCCGGUCUCCUCCGCGCACGCGCCAAGAUGGCCAAGGGGGCGCUCUACAUCUACAUGAUGUUCGCGCUUGCACUGACGAGCUGCGCACUCGCGGGCCGCGUCCUCAACGACCAUCCCGCGGCGCCUCCGUUAGAGACCGAUCCAUUGCCGGGGCCGACCGACCCGCCUGUCGACCCAGAGGUAGUGCCGGUCCCCGCGCCCACGGCGGCGUUGCCUUUGCCAUCCAAUGCCGCGGGCGCCGCUGGCGUAGCUCCGGCCGCUGGCGUUGGUGCAACGGCCAACGUAGGAGCCGGCGACAGCCCCCUGACGUUCUUCAUGCAUGACAUCCUCGGCACCUCGUCGCAGACGUCGGCGCUCAUGGUGACCGGGGUGGUGGCGAGCGCCGACGGCCUGGCCAGCGGCAACGACGUCGUCCCCUACGACAGCCUCGUCCAGAGCAACGGAAACGCCGUCAACGGCGGCUACAAGAACACCAUCCCCUCCGUCAACGGUUCUGGCGGUGGCGACACGCCCCAGACCCAGAACCUCCUCCUCGGCAUGACCACCGUCGUGGACGAGGAGCUCGCCGGGGGCCAUGAGCUCGGCGCCGCGGCCGUCGGCAGGGCGCAGGGGUUCUACGUCGCGAGCUCGCAGGACGGCAGCAGCAAGACGGUCGUGCUGACGGCCAUGUUCGGCGGCGAAGUGCACGGCGACACGCUCAGCUUCUUCGGGGUGCACCAGUUGGCGGCGCCGGAGUCCCGCAUCGCCGUCAUUGGCGGCACAGGGAAGUACGAGACCGCCAAGGGCUUCGCCGCCAUCCGCACGCUGCACCCCGGCGACCAGCACGCCGCCGACGGCGUCGAGGGCCUCCUCCAGUUCGACAUUCACCUCUCCUGAGCUGCUUCCCUAACUAGUGCUACCACAUUCCAAGUGUUUGUCCUUCCAGGUUAUAUGAUGCUCUGCCGUCGCGCUCAACAUUUGUAAUCUGAAUUUCACGGCCUAUGCAUUUUACUACCAUAAUACUCCUAUAUGUAAUGCGAACUAAGUGUAUAUUUAUGCAUAUUUUAUGAAGAAAACUAAGUAUAU